CUUCUAUCCUUUUUAUCAAUUUUCUUAUUUCCUUCCCCCCUUUUCCUUCUUUUUAUUAUAUUUAUUCACCAAAUUUUAAUUCAUGGAGAUACAGCAGAUUGUUAGCGUUUAAAAAAAUUAAAAUUAAAAACCCAAUACUAGAUAUACAACGUACGAUACGACUAUUUAGUUUUUGUUCACGGGGGGGAGAAGGGUUUUGUUUUCGUUAACUUGGGCCGCCGGGAAAGAUCAUUCUCCGGCAACCCGAUUGCCGGGGGAGGGAUUUUGAGCUGGGUUGCCGGAGAAAAAUAUUUUUUCUUUUUUGUUUCCGAAUUGAAUGGCGAAGGGCCGAAGAUUGACUAGCAGUCGGAGUGAACUGUUGUUGGGGAGCUACAGCUACAAUCACCAAGGUCCUGAGAGGGGGGGCGACGCGCCGGAGCUCCGUGAGGAUGACGUUUGGUCAAUGGUGGAUGGCAUGGUCAACGGCGACGAUCAUCAUCAUCAUCAGCAGGAGUUCGAACCCGAAUCCCGUAGCGCGUGGAGCCCAAACGCUUCCACUGACAGUAACGGGAGCUUAAGUAAUGGUAACUACAGGAGCCACGCCCGCCCUCCUCCGCCGAUCCCGGACCUCCACCACAACGGCCACCGGAAAGUCGGGGGCUUGUCAUUGGCUUUCGAGGAUCCCAAUUACAAAAACACUUCUUCGCCUAGGAUCGUGCACCAAUUUCGAGGAGGGCAGCAGGAAGUCGGCGGAGGCCUGUCGCCGUUGCCACGUGGACAGAGACAAAUGGCAACCUCGGCUCCGGUGAACGUGCCCGACUGGUCGAAAAUUUACCGAGUGGACUCGGUGGAGUCGCUGCACGAUUCAGACGAUGGGGCCGACGAUCCGGAUUCGGAAUGGGUCCCGCCGCACGAGUACUUGGCCCGUGAGUACGCCCGCAGCCGGCAAACGGCGGCCAACUCGGUCUUUGAAGGCGUCGGCCGGACACUCAAGGGGCGUGACCUAAGCCGGGUCCGGGAUGCGGUUUGGAGUCAGACCGGUUUCGAUGGAUAGGUUUUCAAUUUUUUAUUUAAUGAGAUUAGGCCAUGGUUUUGGAGAGGAGAUGAGAAGAUAAACAUUAAUCAUCAUCAAAAUGGUCAUAAUCACAAAUAGUAGACGAAUUUUUGAGCAAAACUAUUUAUUAAGUACAAAAAAAUGAUGGUACAAUAUCAAUGGUUGUUAUUGGUAUAAUCAUUAUUGUUAUUAGUAUUAUUUUUUUCCCUUAAGAAGAAAAGGGCAACCUUAUUCAUCAGGUCGAGUUCGCAAAUUAGGAUUGACAAAGGGAGGCCAAAAAGAUUCAUGAAAAAAUAAAAAUGGAACCCAUAGAUUUUCACAUACAUUUGAAGGGAUUAAACAAGUAAAGUAAAAUUAAGAGAGGAGGGGUAAAUGGGUUGGGUUAAUUUUCUAAUUGAUGUGCAUGAUUGCUUGUCUGUUUGUAUAGUUUCUUAAUCAGUUGCAGUACCCACCGCAAAUUCCCAUUUCCACAAAAAACUUUCUUUCUUUUUUCCCUCUUUCCAUUAAUUCAUUGCCUGCUAAAUUUAUGUAGCUCAGUUUUAAGGAAAGGUCUUUGUCAAAGGGAAUUCAUUCAACCCGUCAUUGGAAUUCAUAUUUUAUAUUGUACGUUUGGGAAAAAAGAAGAGAAGAACUUAAUUAACUUUUCGACAAAAUUAUUAUUUACAUCCAUAGAACUUGAAGUACAACCGAUAGCUCAUCAAUUUAUCAUAGUGGAUGUCAUCCCCGUGAUCCAUAAAUCAUUAAGACAGAGAACAAAAGUUUGUUUCAUUACACAAAACAUUUCUGUAAAAUAUGUGUUGAAGUAUUUAUCCCACAUUGGUAUCUAGAGACACUUUGUAUCAGUAUAUAAACACCAUAGGCUAUUCUCCUCAUUACCAAUUGGUUUUGAGGUGAAACCACAUGUAGACUUAUAUUUGGCCCUUUAAGAUGGUAUCAGAGCUUUGGAUGUCCCGUGGGAUGUCCCCGUAGGCUUAUAUCAUUUUGUCAUAUUCGCUCAAGUGGGAGAGCAUGUAUGAUUUCUUGGAGACAUCUCAGUGUUUUUUUUUUCCCCCAAUUAAAAAAGAAAAAGAAGAAGAAACAAUUGAUAUAUCUAUAACUAGAAUCAAGAAUCUGGUAUAUGGCAGAAAUGAAAGGAAUGGUAAACAGUGAUCCAUCGAGUUUAGCUACCAAAACAAUAAUAAUAAUAAAAAUAAUAAUAAUGCAAAAGUUUCAAUCACUGACUCAGAGUCUCUUUUGACCAAAGAAAGUGCCAUAGAUUUCAGCAUAUAUGCAUAAGAUGCAGAUAAUAAUGAUUAGUUUUGGAAACUUAGGAAUAUUAGUAGUAACUCUGGAUCUCCAUAUGGUCAAUGCUAUAAUACUAUAAUAUUUCAAAAGUUAAAACAAUUUCUAUACUCAUACUCAUACUAGAUACGUUACAAGUUUACUUUUAUUUUUUAUUUAUACUUAAAUGAAUACUUCAAUAUUAUGUGUCGCUUAGUUGCCGGUAAUUGUUUGAUCU